UUAGUCUUUGUUUUUGGCAUUUACAAUGGUUGACAAUUUGACAGUGACAGGUCAGAAUUACCAAAAUUUACGAAAAUAUGAAAUAAAAUCGUGUUGUCGUAUGUUUCCUGUGUGGUCAAUAUAUAUUUAUUGCUUCUUAUUGUAAUUUUAACUUAUUAUAAAGUGUCAGAAUGGAAUACACUGCUUUACAAACUUUGGAAGCGGCAGGGGUAAUGUUGAUGGCACCACCAAACUUAGUGACAUCAGAACAACGGCAUCAGGCAGAAGCCAUAUUCCUUCAGUUCCGGAGCACUAAGAAUCCAUAUCAACUAUGCAGAGAUAUACUAGAGAAGUCUACAUCAGACUAUGUACUAUUUGAAGCAGCCGGUUUAUUGAAAGCUGCUUUGAUAAGAGAGUGGAGUUUAUUAUCUCCAAAUGAUAUUUAUUCCCUGAGAGAGUACUUACUUGCUUAUCUGUUACGAAGAGAAGCACCUUCAUUUUUGAGAGAGAAACUGUUACAGACUAUUGCUAUAAUUAUCAAAAGAGGCAGCAUAAACGAUGGUGGAAGAGAAAGAAAAUUAUUAAUUGAUGAAUUGGAAAAGAUAAUCCUUAGCUCGCCAAUAAGCCAGCAGAAGUUGGCGUGCUCACUUAUAUUAGCGAUUAUGCAAGAGUUCGCUAUUACAGUGAAAUCUGCUGACGUUGGACUGAUAUGGGAGGUACACUUCCGACUGAAGAAAUCUUUUGAAGCAUUAGACUUGAAGAGGAUAUUUAGAUUUACCGUAGGCAUAUUGGAACAGAUAAUCCGUUCUGGUCAUCGUCCAGAGGGAGAACAAGCCGCAUUGACGAAACAACUGUUGACUAUUGUCGAGUCAGUGUUGUGCUGGAGUCACGUGAUCCCACUGUUUUGUAAGAGAUUGUUUAGUGCUUUUGAGGCUAUUUACGAAAGCGAUUCCGCGCCUGAACUGCGUUUAAGUCCAAGAUGGCGCGACACGAUUAUGCAGCCGGAACUACUGGCGUUGUUCUUCGAGAUUCACAUAUAUGUAAGGUCAAAUCCGGAUUUGAUCAGUCCAUCCCUUACAUGCUUGGUGCAACUUGCCAGUCUUAGCGGUGUGCUGGUAUCUAAGAGUAAUCUGAAGCAGCAAUAUUUGGAGAACUAUGUGAAUGGGUUCCUGAAUAUGAUGACGUUUGUACAGCCAGUGGAAAGAGAGAUGUUGGGACUGUCAGAUAUCUAUCGCAGGCUGAUUCAGUUUUUCGCCCCGACUAUGAUCGCUGCGACACCGCCGGCGUUCCUUCAAACGUUGACGACACUGACUUGUCAUUGUAUCAGAGGAGCGAUGAUAGAGGAGAGGAUAAAUGAUGACACAGUAUUGAGAGAAUCUCUAAACAAGUUUCUUCAUAGCUGGAGUUCUCUAGUACACGAGACUGAUGGAUAUUCUAAUGAAACACUGAUGAAUCCAUGUAUAGAAAUAUUCAACACAUACUUGCAGAGCAGACUAGCUCCACCGGAUGGUACAAGAGGUACAGAAAAUACCGAAGAGGAUAUAAAGGAUGAUUUGGAAGAAGACGAAAGGAAACUGCACAGCAAUGUGUUGAUGACGAUCGGUGCGAUUGCAAGGAAAGCGCCCGCUCAUUGCAGCCAUGUCCUCUUCACGUUACUACAAGAUAGGAGUAAGCGCCUUGAAAACCAACUCCAUAUGAUGCAUGUAGGCAAAAUACCAAUGACUGGAGGAGAAGAAUUAACCAAUCUCUUUGAGGAUCUGCACUGGAUUCUCAUGAUUACUGGUCACUUCCUAGCUUUAGACUGUACGGAGGGAGAAACAGUCAUGAUUCCCUCAGAGAUUAUCCACUUCAGUCUCACGGAGAAUGCGAAUACCGAUGCCUCUCUCAGAUACCUGGUCGGCGAGAACACUAAUACGGAGAACGUUGAUCCUGUGCUAAAGUUGAUAGGUGAAAUUCUCCGUAUAAGUGCAUGGGAAUGCGCAGCAUUAGAAGCUGGCCUCAGCAAUGUGUUCAGUCCAGAGUUAUCGGCUACCAUCUCCUGGUUACUCAAGAUAUGGUCCAACUCCUACCUGAUGCCGCAACCAUCAGUUUAUUCAGAGAUGUCCCCAAUCCUGGAGGCAGCGUUUGGCCGCGGCUCUCACGGCGUGGCGUGGGUGGUGUCGCGGCUGGCGCGGCGCGCGGCCACGUGCCUGCAACACCUGGGCGCGCAGCCCACGCCCGCCACGCACGCCGCGCAUCUGCUCACCACGCUGGCGCACUCGCAACACAAACAAAAUCCCUUAGCAAGUUGCGAAGAGUUUCUCGCACUAUUGCAGUGGGAAGCGACGGGUUGCAAUCUACCCGGAGAUUUGAGGAAAGAACUGCACCGAGCCUUUGCUAUAACCGCUACUUAUGCUGAAGGGGAUGUCCGAAACCGUCUUCUAUCUAGUACAGUGGCGCUACAAGAAAAGCUAAUGAACAUUAUAAACAUGGAUUCCGAUACGGAACCCGUCAGAAACAUGCUCGCCGAUACACUGGACUGCUUCGUUGGUAUCACUGAAGGCGUUUUGGAGGUCGGAACUAUGGACGAACAAUUCAUGAUGCUCAUCGGAGCUUUAGACAAGAUACCGGCCAUAAUAUACAGAUAUCAUAAUUACCCCGGCGUCGUGUUGCCAUGUCUGAACUUACUCUCCAAAAGUGCUAAAAGGAUGCUGCAUUCUGUACAGCCGCAGAAUGUGAACAAGUUUUUGGAAGUAUGCAAUACGACGUUUGAAGUCUACAUGAGAUGGAACUCAGGGAAGAUAUCUAGCAUUCCAACAGACGCUGAAGAAGAAGCGUAUGAGGACAUCUGCGCGUUGAUGGACCUGAUCUGCAGCGUGGGGCGCUCGGGCGCGGAGCGCGGCGUGGGCGACACGUGCGCGCGCGGCCUGCGCCUGCUGCUGCCGCUCAUCACGCCGCCGCUGCUGGCGCUGCCCGCGCUGGCGCACCACGCCUACAGGAUGCUGCGCGACCUCGACAACACGGACCAGUUGACGAAGCUACCCAUAGAAGACUUCAACAUGGUGGUGACAGCGUUACGAGUUGGGCUUACAGCGGUAUCCUGCGACGUAUCGACACUUUGCUGCGACACUAUAGUCGGACUGUCCAACAAAGUACGCACAUUAGGCGACGACAAUCCCUUCGCAGUAUCGCUACUAUCACUCGCUGAACUCCUACUAAUGUUGAUCAUUAAGAUGGAAAUACCACCGGAUUCUAUACCAGCCGCUGGGGCAGCUAUUUACUCACUCACAUGCGUAAAGCCAGCAUUACUCGAAGGCUUGGCCAGACAACUCAUCGAGGCGUUCGCCGCCAACGACCCCGCGAACGUACCCCGUCUAGAAGAAGCAUUUGACGUACUCACCAAUGGAGUUCUAUUCGAUGGCAUGAGGCCGCACAAACUCCGCUUCCAAGAUAACUUCGAUAAGUUCUUGGCGAGAGUACAUGGUUUCCUUAUUGUAAAAUAAAUGUUCACAA